AUGUGUGGACGAUAUGCGUUGGCGCUGCGGCCGUCUGAGAUCCGGCAACUUAUAGAAGAUGCCGGCAUGGAGGUGGCAGACGCACCAGAUGACGAAGGGGUCGAUGCACCAAGUCAGUCCUAUAAUUUUGCUCCUGGGUAUUACGGAGUCGUGUGCCGGGCCAAUACGCCUGACCACGGUGCUGGGCCAGCUACGAAAGGUGCGGCCGAUGGCGUUGUUUGCAAUGAGGGCCGCACCAUAAGCUAUAGGCUGCAGUCUAUGAAAUGGGGCUUGGUUCCCUCCUGGUCCAAACGAAAUCCCGAUCAUACGCUUAUGCUCAAGACUAUCAAUUGCCGGUCUGAUUCUCUCAGCAGCCCCGGGGGUAUCUGGGCAACCAUGAAGGCGCGGAAGCGAUGUGUCGUCAUUGCACAAGGUUUCUACGAAUGGCUCAAGACUCGACCCAAGGAAAAGCUGCCUCACUAUGUUAAAAGACAAGACGGGCAGUUGAUGUGCUUUGCCGGGCUAUGGGAUUGCGUGCAAUUCGAAGGUGUGUGGCUGGAUAGAGUGAAUGCUAGCCUGCUAGUAGUAGUGCUAAUGGCACCAGACUCCGAUGAGAAGCAAUACACUUUUUCAAUCAUCACGACGGAUUCGAAUAAGCAACUGAAAUUCUUACACGAUCGCAUGCCCGUUAUCAUGGAACCCGGUUCUGAUGCCAUGCGACGAUGGCUCGACCCCAACAGGUAUAAAUGGACGAAGGAGCUGCAAUUCUUGCUACAGCCUUUUGCGGGCGAUGUGGAGGUGUACCCUGUGAGCAAGGGCGUGGGCAAAGUAGGAAACAACUCACCGACAUUCAUCAAGCCUUUAUACAGCAGGGAAAACAAGUCGAACAUCGCCAAUUUCUUCUCAAGCCCUGGAGCGUCGCCUCAGAAGUCUGAAGAUGCUAGUACUAGUAAUGGACCAAAGGUAACCGGGGAGACGCGGAAACUGGGGGCCGGAGUCAUACCUGCGCAGAAGAAGGAGGGGAUUCUGAAAACCGGUGUUAGUUCAACACACAAUGAUUGCAAAAAGCCGACCAGAUUGUCGAAAGGGACGCAAAAAAUCACGAACUUCUUUGAGAGAUAA